UGAUGCAUGCUGCGUUGGCCGACCGGCUAGAGGGCUGCACGUCGCUCGAAUUUCUUUUGCCCUGCCUCGCUGCUUGUGUGUUCUCCUCGACGCCCGUUCGGUGACGUGUAAGACGAACAUCACGAUUGCUUUCCUUGCUUUGUCCUUCACAGCCAUCUCACGUCGCACACUGUUUUGCUCCUGUUCGCUUCCAGUAUGCAAGAAACCGCACACUGCACUACCAUCUAUAUUCUACUACGAGCUACGGCCGACGCGCACACCCUGAGUCGUCAUCGACAGCAUCAGAUCCACUGAAGCAAGCGUGUCAUUCGUUGGCAGACAGCGCACACGGCAGGCACAACGUGGCAUGGCGGACUAUGAAGCCCCCUUCGAGGGUACUGCACCCCCAACGCGACGUCGACCUUCACGUGUUAAAAGCGCCGACGAUGCUCUACACUCGGCACCACCCUCUUCGACAGGUACAGACGAUGGAGGUUCCAAGAUAUCGAAGACCAAUCGGCGAACCCUGAAGAAGACACCCAAGAACCAUACGUCCGCGGCACCAGCACCGAUCUAUGAGGAGGAAGACGCCCACUGGGAAGACGAUGCUGUAGGGCACAUGCCAAAUUUGGAACAGAUACAGGAGGGACAUGGAAGUACAACUGGCAGACGCAGGGACUCUGCCUCAAGCUCGACAGUCGACGCUCGUCGCCGCCGCCACUCUGAGGACAGUAACUCCAGUCGAUUACGAGUCCGACCAAAACAUGGAUCCUUGCAGCGACGCGCCGGAAGCCUUGCCAAACAUUCGAAUUCUUCUUUAGUCUCAAUGCUUUCUGGCCUGACCCAGCCUAGCACAGCAAGCGAAAGUAACACAACCAUUACCGAAAAAUCUCAUCGUGAUGAACGGCGUCGCAAAGAAAAGUCAACGAAAGGGACCAAAGUGAAGCGUAGCAAGCGUUCUGAGACACCAUCAGUUGCCGAUACAGAGGCUACACAAUCUGAUGUGUUUCAGUUCCUGAGUGAGGAUGCGGGCGUACCAGAGUCACAAGUCGAUGCACAAAGCGUCCUCCAAGCAUCGUCUCCAUCAGUCACUUCAUCAACAGAUUCUCGUGCCGAUGACAAUAAGUCUUCAGAUGCCAGCGAAGGUGCACACGAUACGCCCAAGACUUCUCCAACCUCAACGAGAAGAUCUCAUAGCCAUGGAGCACCCUACUACGGCCACUAUCGAAACCAGUCAGGAAAGCCAUUGUACGCGAGCAGCUUUGUUCAUGGCCCUGGAGAUGAAGAGGCAGAGGACAGCGAAGUUUAUAGCGAUGAGGAAAGCGCAUACGAUGACGGUCAUACGCAACACUCAUCUCAACCAACUUCGCACUGGAAUUACCCUCCAAACCCGCUUCCACAUGCACCUAACCCUGGAUCUGGUCACGUGCUCCAAAGUCCUCAGCCGCACCACAACAUUCCACAUGCCGGAGUCAUGUCUCCCCACAUCCAGCCAGCUGUACCAUUCUACGAUCCACGAAUGUAUUCAGGCGCAUCGCCAGGCGCAUCGCCGACAAACUUCAGUGGGACGGCGAGCCAAGUUUCAGUCUGGCCUCCCAUGGCCUCUUACCCACCACCACUGGCCAUAGCCUGCUCGCCAGGGUCUACAGCUGCCUAUCCACAUCACUCGCCUGUAGCAAUUCAUGCGCCUCCUAACUUUGUGCAGUCUCCUACUGCCGCGCAUGCCGUUGCAGCGCAACACUUGGCUAUGAUUCCUCAGCGUCCGGCCCAGCAACAGGGUAGCUCAGCCAACGACAAGAUGAUCGGAUAUGAGCUUCUGGCCCACAAGCUGAGUGAACUGAAGAAAGGUAGAAAGGAAGACGCUGUAGUGCCUGCGUAUCGUAAGUUUGAGCAACUGAACCACCGUGUUCUACUCCAUCUGCAAGAUGAGAUCAGCGAGCUGGAGGAAGAGCUUCGCCAGCUCGAUCAGGAGAUCGCCGAGGCAUCACCAGGUGCUCAAACAGGACAGCGUCACCCAGCGUCUAGACGAGGAGAUACUCAAUACGGAAACGAUCUGCACCGUAGAAGACUUGAUGUACUUGGCCAAGUUUUUCUGAAGCUGGAACAAUACAACAAGGCAUUGUCUGCCUUCAGUGAUGUCAAGCAUCUUCCAUCUGCUAGACCUUCAGACAUUGACAAAUAUCGAGCGUGGAUGAAGCAGCGCAACCCAAUCCAUGAGGCAGAAAGUCGCUUCCUCGAGCGCCAGGCCGAUCUAGUGACAUUUUCACCAAGAAGGCACACAAGUAUUGACCAUAGUGCGGGGACGAACCAGCACGUAGCCAUGUGGCUUCCGCUGUUACCGUUUGUGGCCUUUUCGAUUGUCCCCAGUUUGCUUGGACGCAUCGUUGUAAUCGCGCUUAUCAGCGCCGCGGGGCUAAGGACGGUCACGUCGACGCCAGAGUUCAUGGCCAUCAUGACCGUCCGAGAAUGGAUGUACGGGGCUUCUAUGUGAGUGCUUUCUCUAUUGGAUCCCCCUGGCAAGCAGGCGACCGAACAUCCCGCGGCGAACUUGUCGCUGCUUUGAGCUGGUGUUUGCAGGCCAUCCUGCUCUUCAACUUGAUCCUGAGGAUUGUGACAAGGAAGCUAAUGCACGCAGCUAUUUUGGGUUGAUGAGCGUUCUUGCGGUUCUUGUGCGCUGAGC